GUAUGAGUCAUAAUAGUUUUAAGAAGUUUUAUACAUCGGUGAAAAAAUUUGAAAAUGAAAUCUCAAAACGUCCCAUGAGGGUAAUUAGUAUGAGUCAUAACAGUUUUAAGAAGUUUCAUACAUCGGUGAAAAAUUUUGAAAAUGAAAUCUCGAAACGUCCCAAGAGGGUAAUUAGUGAUUUUUUUAAGACUUUGGGUAUGACUCAUAACAGUUUUAAGAAGUUUCAUACAUCGGUGAAAAAUUUUGGAAAUGAAAUCUCACAACGUCCCAAGAGGGUAAUUAGUGAUUUUUUUAAGACUUUAGGUAUGACUCAUAACAGUUUUAAGAAGUUUCAUACAUCGGUGAAAAAUUUUGGAAAUGAAAUCUCAAAACGUCCCAAGAGGGUGAGAGAAAUUAUACAUUUUAGAAUCCUGCAUAGGCCGGAGUAUCUUU